AUGUCUUUUUCAUUAUUGAGGCGAUCGUUUCAUUCUAUUAGACCACUUUAUCAAGAAGCAUGGACUAAGACGUCCUUAAAAAAGCUGAAAAAGAAUGAGCUUCUACAACUAGCAAAACAACAUCAUGUCCAAAAAGUCAUGGGCACAAAGAAUGACAUCAUUGACCAGUUACUUUCAUUAAAAGAAAAGAAAAAUAAGCAAGACGAGUUUGAUAAAGAUUGGGUGAAUGCAUUUGAAAGUAAAGUAGCUCAUAGGGCCCACAAGAAACAAGUGGCAGCUGUUGAGCCCAAGCCAAGUAACAAACCUCACCCACUGAACGAUAAUAUCUUCCGUGCGAAACCUGUGACAGCAACGUCAGAGGAAGAAGAAACGGUAGACCAACCAGUGAUAGAUGAAUUUAAACAUAUAGACGAAAAAAGCAACCAUGAAAACAACCAUGAUGAAAACAGUCAGGAUGAGAUCGACCAAAAGUGGGUUGAGGCAUUUGAAUUAAAAGUAAACUCUAGAACGUCCAAGCGACGAGAACAACAGGUUGAGCCUGUCAUCCAUAGAUCAAUAGACAUAGAAUCAACAUUAGAGGACGACAUAAAGGACAUAGUACAAAAUGAACAAGACAGCAAAAAAGAAACAGUAAAGAACGACCAAGAAAACAAAGUAAAGGAUACAGUACAACAUGAAGAAAACAAAACAAACAACACCUUGAUUAGCUCAAUGAUUGGAACAAGUUUGCUUGUCUGGUACAUUGGUGGACAAGAAGGGUUUAUCAAAAUAUGGGAAUUCAUCUCAUCCUAA